AUAUGUAACGGCCAAGGGAUCAAAGCGGUCAAGCCUACUUCCGUCUGGAAAAGGAGGCCGAAGGAGAACUCCCCAAGCCCCGCCGCCGCCUGCCUGCAUGGCUUCCCUGCCGGAUCUCCCUUCCCCAUUCCCAUCCCCUCGUCCUCCCCACCGGAGCGCGCGGCGGCCUCAGGCACCCCGGGGAACGCCCGGCAUCCUCUUCCUCGUGCGGCUCCUCCGGUGAUCGAUCGACUUAUGCUGAUCCGCUCGGAGGACGCUAGCUGGCUGGUGAUAGAGCAAACGAUGGAGGCUGCUCUUGUCACCGUUUCUAUGGGGGUGAUCAAGCCCCUCUUGUCCAAGCUCUUCAAGCUGCUGGGGGAAGAGCACGCCAAGCUCAAAGGCGUGCACCGAGACGCCAAGUUCAUAGGAGAUGAGAUGCACAGCAUGCAGGCUGCGCUAGAGACUCUCGCGGAUGAAGAGCAACUCGAUCCUGAGAUGCGAAUUUGGAGGGAUGCUGUCCGCGAGCUUUCCUAUGACAUGGAAGAUUGUGUUGAUGACUUUGUGGCUCGUGUCGACCAUGAUCAUGAUGGGCGCACGGCCUUUAAGAAGUUUGUUGACAAGUUGAAGAAGCCGAAAUAUCAACAUCGGACUGCUAAUGAGAUCGGAAAACUCAAGACCCGUGCAACUGAGGCAAGCGAGAGGCACAAGAGGUAUAAUAUUGUGCGGCCAACAUCUGACAUUAGCACUUGUGCCAUCGACCCCCGGCUGCCUGCGCUUUACGUGGAGGCUGAUGACCUUAUCGGCAUUGAUGGUCCUAAGGAUGAUAUCAUUGACUGGUUUCAAUGGGAAGCUACUUCCACACAGCUUCAAGUGCUUUCUAUUGUUGGUUCUGGAGGUCUUGGUAAGACUACUCUAGCAAACCAAGUCUAUCAUGCAAUUCGAGGCCAAUUUUCAUGUGCAGCUUUUGUCUCUGUUUCUCGGAAACCUAAUAUGAGAAAGAUUCUAAGAGAUAUUGCUAAAGGAGUUGGGGCCACAGACAAUACACAAGAUGAUGAUGUGCAGCAACUGAUUGAUAAACUCAGACGUCAUCUCAAAGAUGAAAGGUACUUCAUUGUCAUUGAUGAUGUGUGGAGCGCGGAAGAGUGGAAAACUAUCAGCCUUGCAUUACUGAAUAAUAAUUGUGGGAGCAGAAUUAUUACUACAACACGUAAUAAUGAAGUUGCUUCACGUUGUUCAUCGCGUGUUGGUCGUGUUUAUGAAAUGGAACCCCUUAGUUUUGGGGACUCCAAAAGUUUGUUUCUGAGAAGAGCAUUUGGUCCCGAGGAUUCAGGCUAUUCUCACCUGGAAGAAGUCUCAAAUGAGAUAGUAAGAAAAUGUUCCGGCAUACCAUUGGCUAUUAUUACGGUGUCUAGUUUGUUGGCUGGUCAGCAUGCAGAAGAUGAGUGGAAAAGGGUGUUGGCUGCUAUUGGUUCUGCUCUUGCAAAGGACCCUGGUGCUGAUAAGAUGACAAAGAUAUUAUCUCUGAGCUACUUUGAUCUUCCUCACCAUCUGAGAACUUGUUUGUUGUACUUGAGUAUGUUCCCAGAAGAUUCUACUAUCCACAAACAACAUUUGAUACAUAUGUGGAUUGCUGAAGGAUUCAUUCGUGAAGAACAAGGGCGAAGUCGACAUGCAGUAGGCGAGAGUUAUUUUAAUGAGCUCAUUAACCGAUGCUUGAUCCAGCCAGUUGAUGCAGAGUUUGACCAGGUGGAAUCAUGCCGAGUUCAUGACAUCAUUCUUGAUUUCAUCACAUGCAAGGCUGCUGAAGAGAAUUUUGUCACUUCAUUCAAUGAUGUUGAACAUGGGCAUAACUCACAUCGCAGAGUCCGCAGGAUCUUUGUUGGGAAUAGCAAUAAUGAAAAGGUUACCAUAGCGGCAAGCCCGAUUCUCUCUCAUGUUCGGUCACUCAUUGUAUGUGUGCAAUACCCGCAAGUUUCUCUGUUGGCUUUCCCACCAGCUCUUCGUGUCUUGGACCUAGGAAAGUGCUGGUGGUUAGAAGAUCAUCAUAUUGCAAGUAUUGAAAAGUUGUUUCUUCUUAAAUACUUGCGCCUUGCAAAUGUUACCCUCCUCCCAAGAAAAAUUGGAGAACUGCAGUAUUUGGAGACACUAGACAUAACAAAAACCAGAAUUCUAGAACUGCCGUCAGCUGUUACAUGCCUUCAACGGUUGACCAGUCUAUAUAUUCAUGUCCACACUAGCUUUGUAGACGGAAUGAUUGGUAAAAUGCAAAGCUUGGAAGAGCUAAUGACGUUUGGUGUCCACUCCUAUGAACAAGGGAAGUCACUGCAAGAACUCAGCCAGCUAACCAAGCUGUGGAGAUUGGAAGUACUACUAGGGUUUGAAUUGUGGGAAGGAACAGGUCAAAUUGAGGACCUUCACAAUAACAUCGGAACAUUACUAUCUUCAUGCAACCUUCGUCAUCUGCACAUCCGCAAGUGGAGCUCGCCCUUAGCUGUGAAAACGUAUUUUCCACUGUCACUGGAGUCAUGGUGCCUGGCAACUCCUUGUAGCCUUCGGGAGUUCUACAUCACAUACUGCUAUAUUGACAAGGUUCCAAACUGGAUGAGAUUGCUCGGAAAUCUUAGGGAAUUAGAGCUCUACGUUGUCACUGUGAGACCAGAAGAUGUUGUGAUCCUUGGCUCAGUACCAACUUUGCUUUUCCUUACACUUAAGACUUUCAAUGGCACCGAUGGAAGAAUUCUCCUUCAUGGGUUCAGUAGCUUGAAAUAUUUGUGUCUGGAACUGCUCUACUGUGGGACCUCACUCGAGUUUGAACCGGGAUCAAUGCCAAGGCUUGAGCACCUCAAGCUUGAGUUUCGUGUGCAUCGGAUUGAUUGCCUGAAUGGUUCUUCCAAUUUUGGUAUCCAACACCUCUCCGCCCUCCGCAAAGUUGAGGUCUGUAUUUGUUGCAACUUUGGCAACAGCGAAAAUCCGUUGGCAGGUGUGGAAUUUUGCUUUGGCAAAUACAUUGGAAGCCUUAUCGAAACUGUCAUCAUGACGCAUCCCAACUGUUCCAGUCUCCUUUCAGAGUAUGGAAAUGUAUCAUAUGCAAGUGUGGACUGCGAACAUUACACAACAAUUGUUGGGACGGACUAUGAGAAGGAAGAUGAAGUAGGACAAGAUGCGGGAGCACACCACUGGCAUGUGGGAGGAAACCACCCGCGAAUAUCAUUUGGUUACACACAAAAUGUAAUUUCUCAAUACUCAUCCACCCCCGAAGGUGUGUUCUUCAGGUGGAUGACCUUGAUGGAGACUCACCUGCUGCCGAGACCGGUUAUCCACAAGCGCCGCCGCAGGACGGCGCUGGAGAAAUCCACGCUCAGGACAAGCAUCCAUGUUGCGGCACGGGAUAGUGGACGCCCUGACAGUACCAUUCGAAGAUGCGCAAGGGUGCUGCUUCGUCAGAUGGGGAUCUUUCAAGAGGAUGAGGAGGCUGCGAUCUCAGAAGAGGAUCUUGAUCGCUAUUGGAGAGAGUUUGAUCACCCUCUCGCCGAGCCCCAGAUGGCGGCUUUGGCGGCUCUGUCUAGUUGGUCACUUCCUUGACGAACAACUGAUGGAGCAGACUGUGGUUGCCACCGUGGCCACCAAUGGUUGUGUCCCUUGUUCCUAGCGGAUCCUGCAAGCAUGGUGGUCAUAAAGCGGGGUGGAAGAAAUACAUGGCGCGCCUUGUUUCUGCCAAGUUCGGUGAAAAACGAUACCCUGUACAUAUUACAGGUCAUGACUGAGCCCGGACAACACCGGCCGGACGGUAACACUUCUGUGAUUGUUCACCGGCUACUUCCGUGUUGCAAGGGUGCUGAUGAAGUUAUCGUGAUCGACGAUCCAUAGCAGCAUAGCAUGUAACUCAUUUGAUAGAUUUAGUUACAAAUCACAGGCCUGACGAGUGACAGACUGUGGUGACCCAGCAUACCACUGCAUGGUGUAGUAUGCAAGUCUGAUAUAACACCAAUGGAACACCGUUCCACUAGUAUUAUAUCGCUCAGAGUGGUACAACAGAAACAUAUGCGGGUCCAAGGCAGGUCUAUAGAAUUACAUACAGAUUCUGUUACAUAAGAUCAGCACAGCCUCCUACUUUACAAUGAGGUAAAUCUGUAAAUAAACUCCAGAAGAACGACUCGUAGUCUAAUCCUAUCACGAACUC